AUGACAAAAAAUGUUGGGUCAACAGAAAACCCUGCCAGAUCUUUUUCUAGAGCUGGUCCUCUCCGUACUAAGCACGACAGAGGUAAAAAGAAGUCAGUUGAUGAUGUAAGGGUCUUCAUUGAGGAGGAAGCUGAGGUAUCUUCAGAAGCUGAUAUUUCUGAUGAUGAGGAAGAUGAGCGAGACAACUACUCAAAUGAUAGUUUCAUAGAUGACAGGAUAAAUCCUACGGUUGCCGGUACUCAGUUUGCAAGCGGUGGAAUUGACAUGAUGGCAAUAUACAGGCGUUCAUUGCUCACCCAAUCACCCCUGGAGAGGCAGCCAAGCAGUUCUGCCACAUAUUCACCUGAUUCUGUGGCACCAACAAUGAGGACAACUGAAACUGGAAGUUCUUGUGGGAAACCAUUCUUCUCUCUCCAAACUCCUCAAAGCGAUUGUACAAAUCAGGCAAACAGGAUGGAUUCAAAGUCCUUCCAAAUGAACUGUAACGCUGAAGGCACACCUUGUACAACUGGUGUUUCCCCGGGAUAUGAGAUUGAAAGCCGAAAAAGAAAAUUGAGUUCUCAUCAUUCAAGAUCUGUUCCUGCAGUCAACUUGGAGCGAGAGUUCUCACUCCAGGCAGAGGCUGCAGGCAGAGACUUGCAGCACAAUGAUGCAAAUGGGAACGUGCUUUAUGAUGAUCUAUUUUUUGAGGGCCUUGAUCUUGACGCAGUGGAAGCGCAAGCUACAUUGCUUCUUAAACAGAAAUCAGAACUGCCAAGGCAGAAGCAGCAGAUGGUUCCCAAUAUACACCCACAAAAUCCUAGCCUACAACAUUCUCCGACGUUUGAUCUUGGAAUAUAA